AUGGCUACUGCUGUAACAGAUGUUGCUGAAGGCUUUAGCCGGCUCACCCUAUCUCCAUCGGCACCAAUAAUCUGCCCCUCCGGCCCAGGAGCAGGGAAUUCAAAGGAGAGUUCUGAAGGUCUGACCUUAAGUCAACACCCUACACCAGAUCUGCUCGGUGACUGGCGUCGGAAUCCAUCCACAUUUUUCUCAGCAACUGACCCCGUGGUUUUCGCGCGAGUUCUGGCCAUAUGCAGAAAGUGGAAGAUACCAGAACGCGCGGCACGCAACAUGGCCGCUCUGGCAGCAGGACGGAAAGGUCUUCCCGUAAUCUUGCUGCAGAAUCCAAACAAAGGGCACGACAAAAUGGACUUCGCGGCUAUGGCCAAGAGUUGUGCGACCAUUCGCUGGAUCAAGAACGUCCUACUGCGUGGACUCGGGCUCUCAAUAGACGAUGUCAUCAUUCUCGAUGUAUGCCUUCUUCUUGAUGACCAAUGGCUCACACGUACCGAAGGACGGAAUCCUAAGGAGGCUGAUCAGGCCGUGGAAGAGGUAUUUGCUCUGCUCGAGGAAUUACUAGAAGUCAUAAACCCUUCGAUGAUGAUUUGUUGUCAAUGCGCGACGGGUGGGAGGAAUUGGAUAACGAACCCCCGUGGGCGUCGGUUGCCCAAAGAAAUCCUGGCCUCCAACGCCACGGAGAUUGCCGAGAUGUUGAGUUCUCGCACAGCUCUUGCAAAAGUCGGUGAAAGUCAGCAGCUUCCGGGCAAACGAUGGAAAAAUGCACGCAUCGUUCGGGCGUUCCACCCGAUGUGGUUUGCUCGUGAACAGGACGUGAAGGUACGGAGUCAGCGUGAGCAGCUUUUGACGGACAUUAUUGAGGUGGCAUUCGUUCCAUAUUGUAUGGAUUUUGUGCUGGACAGGAAUCGUAUGCUGAUGGAUGAAUGGACUUCGGACCUAAUGAAGAUGGCUGAGAAAGCGAGAUCCAUAGAAAGCAACAUCAAAAGAUUGGAGGAAGAGGUGGAGAAAUUAAAGAGGCAAUGUAUGUUCACGGUUUAA